UACGCGCCAAAACCAUUUCCGUGGCCCCAAACUCUCUCUCUCACCACUCAGCUUGAGGUGCUUCACCUCCACGCUUUCCAGUUUCAUGGCGGCCACGGGCGCCUCCUUCGCCCCCCACCACUUAAUCGGGUCCACCGUCCCCGAAAGUUCCAGAACCCUCCGAACCGGAGCUCCAUUCUCCGCUCGUAUCUCCGCCAGCGGCAGCCACCUCGCCACCACUCCCGACGACCCCGCCGCCGGCCCCUCCUGCAUCUACGUCGGCCCAAUUGAAACCGCCAGCAAAGAAACCCUCGAAGCCCUCUACCGUCAAGCACGUGAUGCGUACUACAGUGGCGACCCUUUGAUAGUUGAUGACAUGUUCGAUAGAGUAGAGUUGAAGUUGAGAUGGUACGGUUCGAAAUGCGUGGUGAAAUACCCCCGUUGCAGUCUCCGGCGACAGUCGGCUUACUCCGAUGCUGAGGCAGACGUAUCACAGGUUUAUGCAUUAGCGAGCAUAUGGAUACUCAUUCUUGCGUUUGGCACUGGAUCGUUUCUCAUGCCCAUAUUAUACACCGUUGGCCUAGCUUAUCAAAAUGCAUUCAGUCCAGGACUUUCUUAUGUAAAUCCAGCAGCUAGUCUUUCCGUGCUGAAUAGCAUUCUCUUUAUGAUAGUCGGUUCUGUCAUUGGUCUCCCUAUUGCAUCUGCUUCGGUUAAAGUACUUGAAGGCCUAUGGACGAACGACUUGAUGGCACUGAAAGGGGUGUGCCCAAACUGUGGGGAGGAGGUGUUUGCAUUUGUGAAAUCAGAUCAGUCUAAUAACUCCCCACAUAGAGCAAAUUGUCAUGUAUGUGAAUGCUUGUUAGAAUUCCGCACCAAGGCUGAGAAAUCCCUUUCACCUCUGGGUAGAAGAUGGGUUUAUGGACGUAUCUAUCUUGUUUCAAGAAAAGGUGGAGGUCGACUUCAAAGAAGGGAUUGAUACAUGCAUUGUUAAGCUUGUGUACAGUACGGCAAUUUUUUCCUGCUCCUUUAGACCAAUUGUAAUAAACUUAAAGUCAAUCUUACCUGAGUAGGAUCAAUUCAUAUGUGCCAGAACAGAAAUAGGAUCAUUCUAUAGAUUGUGACUCUUAUGUCAAGGGAAUGCACUUCUUAGAAGUUUAACUAUUAUCAUUGUCGAACAGUUCAGAUACUUUUGAUGCUUUCUGAUAUGAGCAGUUGAUAAAUGGCAGCAUCCCUUUGAUGUUCUCUAA